UUCACUCUGCUGACUUCUGCAAACCUCUGUUGGACAUUCUUCUUCUUCUUCUGGAUUAUUGUAGACUGUUCCAGUCUCUAAUUGAUUAUGUCCUGCUGGACUCUCCUGGACUCUCCUGGUGUUUUCUGGACUCUCCUGGACUCUCCUGGUGUUUUCUGGACUCUCCUGGACUCUCCUGGUGUUUUCUGGACUCUCCUGGACUCUCCUGGUGUUUUCUGGACUCUCCUGGACUCUCCUGGUGUUUUCUGGACUCUGCUGGACUCUUACGUCCUCACUGUGGUGGGGGUGCAGCAGCUCUCUCCUCUCUGCCUCUGUCUCUGCAUCGUCUCUACUGCAGGAAGAAGUGAGGGAAUACAGCUAUCAAUAGAAGGAGGAGGGGGAGGGAGGUGAGGAGGCCCCCCCCCCUCCUGGUCUCCUCCUGCUGGACGAAUGAGGAAAAUUGUUAACUCUUUCCUUCCUUAAGCUGCUUCUGGUUGAUGAAGAUUCAGUCGAAAUGUUAAGAAGUUUUGCAUCUUUAUUAUUUAUUAUUUUAUACUUUAUUAUUUGCAUCUUUUUGAAGUCUGAAGGUUGCACACUAAUCUGACAUUCACUGUAAUGCUGAAGGUGGCGCUCUGACCUGACAUUUGAUCUUAACAGCAGGGCCAUAGGCAGGAUAAAGUCGGUCGAGCAGACAAUGUGACUUUCCCACAGCUAACUGUUAGCUCUUUUUAAUAGUUCAAAGCCAACCUCUGACAUCCUUGGGCAAAACUCACAGCCAUCAUUGAUAAUUUAGCUAACUGUCAAGCCAGCCUUAGCAUAUCUUUUUCUAGCCUUCAGUCAUCUAUUAGCUCCUUUUUGACCAACCUUGUUUUUUUUUGUCAGUUAACCGCGUUUUAGCAUUUAUUACUGUUUAAAUCCCUUCAAACUUUGAACAAAGAUUAGUCGUCCUUUGAGUUAUCUUUUUCUUUUCGUUUCCCGGGUUUUUGAGGACGUCAAAGAAAUCGGACAUUUUCAUCGACAACCUCUGAAAGGCCUUGUUGUUUUUCAGCAGUUUCUGCGAAGACUCAUAUUUUCACAGUGACAAAGUGAAUUUGAAUUCAUCUCCAGAUCACAGGAAGUCAUUGUGCACAUCUGAAAGUGUUUGAGUCACAUGAUUACUCCCAGAAUCCCACAGUUCCCCUGGUGCAACCUCCACCCUGCAGCUGGAAACCAGGUCACAUGUGGGUGGAACCAGCUGAGCUGCAGCUGGACCCUGUUUAUGGUCCAAGACCAGAGACUCGGAGUACAAACUCUCUGUAUGUCCUUCAUCCUUAGCUACACGCAGUUCUUAAAGUUGGCUAAAAAAAUACAAACAUGAACCAAAAGAUGUGUCAUGAAAAACUGGAAAAACAGAUUGACAGAUUCAAGUAACAACUGGGAUAAAUAUGAUUUUUGUUUUAUUGUUGGUAAGUCUUUUUGUAAAAUUCCCACCUUGUCCUCUUGGACACAUCUGGACCCGACUUUAACAAAGUUGCUGCAUGUCAUGCUGUGGGGUCAGUGGAGGUCAGCAGGGGACUCCACUGAGCCCUGUGAUCCAGGCUGCAUGAUGUCCAAACCCCUAAUAUGACAAACAAGUCUAAAGUUUUUUUCUGACAUCAAAUUUUAAUUGUGAUGCAUUCAAGUGCUCCUUGAACACAGUGGUUGAGGAUGGAUUUGAAUUCCUUCCUUCCAGAAAUUGAGGGCAGGUGUUAAAUCGCUUCCUGGGUUUGGGAUGAUGCAUCUCUGGGGACGACCUGUUUUUCCCGUGCAGCUGACGCUGUUUCACUUCUACGUCUGUUUUUUUUCUCAUCCUUCCUGCGAGUGCAGGUGCGUUCGAGGAGCGGCAUCCAAACCACUGCUGUGUAAUCUUUUUUUGUUUGUUUUUUUUUUUUUCUCCAGCUCUGGAGCCAGUGGAACCGUUGACUUUGCAUCUUUGUAGCUUAACGAGGACGAGUUGUUACUAAGAAAGAAAUGACUAAAAUAAGUGUGUGGUCACAUGAGGUGUUCACUGACCUUAAACACCUGGAAAAAAAACUUUUCAGAUUCUUGGCUCAGUGAAAACAGUGAGUCAGCUUUUUUUCUGACAAAUCCUGAUGUUGCUAAAAUUAAAGCUGCACGAAGCAGCAGUAUCACUGCACCUGUUUGUGCUAAAAUAAAAUGGAAACAUUAAAGAAGGUUAAUUUGAUGAAGAGAUUAAACAAGUUCAACACAAAAUUACCUUUUUGUGACUUUAGGAUAAUGUUAGCUUGACUUUAUGGUUGAUUUCUGAACAAAAUUGGUCAUCUUUUUAGCUUUUAAUGUUUUGUUAGCUGAAAACGUAGGCAUAUCUUUGGCUAGAGGAUAGCCAAGCAUUAGCUGUAAUGAACAAAACUUCAUCUAAAAAUGACCAAGGUACAAUUAAGCUAAUUGUUAGGUAAAAUAUUAUGUGGCAAUCUAGACAGCCACAUGUAAGCUACAAAUUAAAAGAAAAGAAAUCAAAUGGUGAAUGAUAACUGUAAGCUAUUCCAAAUGUAGCUAAAUAGAAAUCAAAAGGCUGACUAGGGUAUUAGGAAAGAAAAAUCCACAAAUGUAAAGAAAGAAGAAAAAUAUGGAGGGGGAGGGAACUCCAGGAAGUGAUCCCAUAAUUCCAGUGUUUCCAUCCAGGAUCCAUCAUCAUGUCAGUCAUUACCUCACUUCCUGCUGCUGCCACAGCUCUGGAGAGAUGACAGGAUGGACUCCCAGUUCAAAGGUCAGAAGGUCACUCAAAACUCCUGUUCAUGGUGCAGUUUGGACCCUGGUCAUCGAGUCUGACCAUUCUACAGUUCCCAUCGGCCACUACUGCAUCACCACUACCUGUGGUGAUGACCAGCUCAUGUUCAGUUUGUUAUCAUUUGGGAAGUUGAUUUUUAUUUCACUUUUCUUUACAUAUAAUCUCACUCCGAAAUUGUAUCUUCAAGUCCAAAAUCAAUAACACUAGGUGGCAGAGUCUCAAAAUCUUAAGUCUUCAAUGUAGUUUCUGAUGUUUUAGUCUGAGAUACUUCAUAAGAUAAGAUAAUUCAUUUCAAAUGUGUUUUAUUGAUGCUUGAAUUCUGUAAUUAAAUAUUUGUAUUAAUUAAAAUAUCUGAAUUAUGAAUACAAAUUAUUUUGAUCUUAAUUCUAACCAAGGACAUUUGUAAGAAAGAAGAAAAUCCCUUUAUUUGAAAACAUUUCAAACGUUUGUUUUGAGCUAAUUUUUGAGCUUGUUUCCUUGAAAAUCUAAAGAAAGUGUGGUUACAUGUUAAUCUACUGUCGUUAUUUACUAAAUGAUUUCAAAUGUUUCACUGUUGUAGAAGUUACGUAUUUAACGCGGUAUCCUGCUUUCUUCUGUUCCGCUUUAGAAAUCCUUGUCUUUAGCAACACUGUCAUCUCGCGGUGCCGAGGGGAACUGCAGUAUAAGCAGACGUUUCUGUCAUAUAUCCCGGUCUGGUGCGCUUACAUUCACAGAAGCUGUUUUCUGAUUGGCUUAACACAAUUAAUUACCACUGCUUGGUGCCAAACUUAUGAGAACAAAUUUAUGAAAUUCAAUAAAAUACUGGAAAAAUAACGGGGAUCAAGUUAAGAAUGUCGUUAUACGACGUUAACUUAGUGAAAUUUAACGUAAAGAAGUUUAAAUUAAUGAGUGAGUGCAACACUACUGUCUGCAUGGCCGUGUCACGACGUACCCUGGAUUGUAUCCUUCCGCAGAAUCAACAUCAGUGGAAUAAUACUUCAAAUAGUUUUUUUAACGCCAAUCAACGCAUGACAUUACGUGUGACGGAAGACGGAGCUGCUGAUACAAAUCAUCGUAAAAAUGACGAGCGCGCCGCUUUCUUCAGAUGUGUCUCGGCUGCAGUGAAACCCGAGCUGUGAUUGUGGAGCUUCAGUCAGUGCGUGAGGAUGUUUGUCAGGCAGCAGGAACACAAAGACAGGAGUCCAUACUGAUGGUUCUGCUGAGGGAGGAAGAGGAGGAGGAGAAGAGGAAGAAGAAGAGAGAGAAGAACGAAGAGGAGGAGAACUCCACUCAGACGAUAUGGCUGAAAAUGUCUGUGGGCUCUGAAAAUUCCUUUUUUCUGCUGUCACCGCGAGACUCCAGGACUUCCUGUAUUUUCCAAACAGCCGACGAGAAAGAUGAUCUUCCAGGAGAUGAAAGUGUCCUGGAGAUGCUCAGCUGUUCCAAGUUCUCGGACCUGGAGACCUGGCUAUGUAUGCCGUCCUCCUUGCUGCUGCCCCGGUCCGUGGACUCGGCCCACACCUCCUCUUCCUCCUCUUCCUCACAUGUGUCUGACCAUUCCAACAAUUCCACGCCAGUCUCUUCAUCUUCCUCCCCUGCCUCCAACUCCAGAAACUCCACCUGCAGUGAGCCUGGAGACAGAGAUGCUCUGCUCAGGUUUUCGCUGAACGACUCUGCCUUUUUUACGCCAUCCCUGGGCAAGGGGGGACUGUUUGUGUCCACACCCCACCUCCCUCUCCACUCCUCUACCCCAACCUCCUCCUCCGCCACAACCAGCUCCACCUCAGUCAUCUCAGCAGGAGCCUCUACCUCCCCGAGUGGCGUCAGCAUCAGAAAACGACGUCGGCUUGCAGCCAGUCCUGGAGGUCUGCACUGGACCUCGGCAGGUUCGGUGCAGCGUGACUUCUGGUCACCUGAUCCGUCUGCGGGGUCCACUGUUAGCGCAGCAUCAACAGCAGGAGGUGGAGGAGGAGGAGCAGCAGCGAGGAGCCUCCCUCAGGUGGAGGUAGAUGGAUCUUCACCAGCGUGGGUCAGCGAGCGAGUGGCCUUGAGGAAAACGGUCUCGGUCGACGAGCGACUGCUGCAGCCGUCUAGUGGAGAGCAGCGACGUCUGAGGCUGCUGAGCCGACUGGAGCGAGGCAGGAAGAAGCUCCGCAACAUCCACAGUGCGGGAAACAGUGGGCGAUACGACACCAGGAAAAAGGCUGACAGUAAGAUCUCCCAGUUGGCUCAGCGGUGGAACCAGAGGUUGUCACCAGGAGAUGCUUUGAUCAAAGACCUCAGACCCCUGUUUCAAACAGUGGGAAGAACCCCCCGCACCUCCUUGAGCCUGGACAGACACUUCCCAGGCGUUAUGACCCAGCAGAUGCAGAACCUUCAGUUGUCUCAGACCAGGAAGUGUCCCGGUGGACCUGCUUCCCCCAACGCCGCCAAGCGCCUCUACAGGAACCUGUCAGAGAAGCUGCGAGGAAGCACUUCGUCCUUCGAAGACGCUUACUUCUUUGGCAAGACGGACCGACUCCGCAAGGCCUCGACGAUGCAGGGCAGCGAUUGCAUCUUUGAUGCCGUGGAGCAGCAGGACCUGGACACGGUGCAGAUCCUUCUGUACCAGUUUUCGGCAGAAGAGCUGGACCUGAACACCCCCAACAGUCAGGGCCUGACACCACUGGACAUCGCCAUCAUGACCAACAACCUGCCCAUCGCUAAGCUACUGCUGAAGGCCGGAGGAAAGGAGAGUCCCCACUUUGUGAGUGUGGAGAGUCGAGACACUCACCUACGAUCUUUGGUGGUGGAGGCGGAGCGGCGUGCGGCUGAGCUAGCUGCUCAGGCUCAGAGGGACGGGCUCUCUCUGGAGGCGUGUCACAAAGACAAACAGCUGAAGGCGUGGGAGUGGAGGUGUAAACUUUACAAACGCAUGAGAACAGGAUUCCAACAUGCACGUGUCCCCGAAGCCCCGUCCAUGGUGCGUUUGAGUGUCAGCAGCAGCACGACGCUAACGGUCACUUUCCAGGAGCCGCGGUGUCUAAACUCAACGGUGGUGACGAAGUACCGUGUGGAGUGGAGCUGUCUGAAGGACUUCUCACUUGUAGCUGGAGAUAUGGUGUUGCAGGAUCUUCAGAGCCUGAAGGUCACCAUCAACAGCCUGACCACGGGUCGACUGUACUACGUCCGAGUGUUGGCCUACAACAUGAAGGGAUGGGGUCCGCCGGCCUCCUCCCUGCCCCCUUCUGCAGCUCCCUCCAAUUGGAUGGAGUGCGAUGGCCGAGAGCCCAGGAGGCGGAGCCACAUCGAGGCCAUGGAGCGUCUGCUGCAGCAGGUCCGAGCCACUCACACACACUACUGCUGUGGAGACUCGUCCAAGCUGCAGAACACCAGCAGGAAGCAGUCGGUCUCCAGGAGCCUCAAACAUCUGUUCAACUCCUCCAACAAGUUUGUGAAAACACUGAAAAGGGGGGUGUAUCUGGCUGCUGUCUUCUACCAUAAGGACAGUCUCCUGGUCACAGCCGAGGACCAGGUCCCCAUCGUGGAGGUGGACGACUCGUACGGCAGCACUCUGAUGCAGGACUUCCUGUGGUUCACUAAGCUGUCCUGUAUGUGGGAGGACAUCCGGUGGCUGAGACAGAGCAUGUCAGUGUCCAUGUCCUCGUCUUCAACGCUGCAGGCCAGACACAAGAUGCUGACGGCAGCUGGACAGCUGCAGAGUCUCCUGGGAACCCACAACCUGGGACGGGUCCACUACGAGCCCAUCAAGGACCGCCACGGGAACGUGCUGCUGGUGACCAUCCGGGACACGGAGAGUCAGCACUCGCUCUACAACGGGAAGUGGAUGCAGGUGACCAAACUGCAGAGUCAGAGGAAGUCCCUGUCCACGCCAGAGGAGCCCUACGCUCUGGACAUCCUCAUCAUCACCAUCCAGGACAUCAUAGCAUACCAGCGGCGCAGCGGCCAUCGUCUGGCCCCAGGUCUGUACCUGGGCUACCUGAAGCUAAGCAGCUCGGUGGACCAGAUCAAAGUCCUGGUCUCCCAGCGAACGCCCAACAUGCUGUGUCAAACUCGCAUAAGAGACAACUCCAACGUGUCCAGGGAUGAGUGGGAGUGGAUCCAGAAGCUGGUGGCUACGGGAGACUCAGACCACAGCAAAGAGGAUGGUGAGGAGGCGGAGCCUAUAGCUGAGAGCCACGUCCCUUUGUUGUACUACGAGCUGCAGACCGCCAUUAAGUCCCUGCUGAAGCUCAUUAACAUACCUCUGAACCAGGCACGUCACUUUCGCCUCUACAGCCAGGAAGUGGUGGAGCUGGGUCAUGGGAUCUCCUUCCUCCUGCUGCUACCCCCAGCUGAGGAGGUCUGCUCUGCCCCCGGACAGUCCAACCCCUACUCACCGCUGUCGGGCUUCCUGCACCUGCCUCUACAGAUGUUUGAGCUCGGUCAUUUUUGCACCUACAAAGAAAGGUUCAUCAGUCUGUACUGUCGUCUGUCCUCUGUCCUGGACCUGGACGCCCUCAUUACCCAGCAGGCUCUGAGAGAGGCCAUCACUGACAGCGAAGUGGUGACGGCUAAACAACGACAUCAGCUCGUUCUGGACUACAUCCAGCAACUGGACGAAAUGCGUCGCGACCUGCGUUGGAUCACUGAUGCGCUGCAGUACGCUCGCUACAAACACCCGAGCGGUGGCGUUCCUAUUACAUGCCUCGUUGAUGCUAAUUCUCCAGAGAACAGUUCUAGUCAACAAAAGACAGACUCCACCUCCUCCACCAUGGACUACCUGGCCACGCCCUCGCCGUCGCCUGAACUCCGCAGGAGGAAGGCAAUCAACGACACACUCCUAGGGUCGGAUGAAGACGGAUCCUCGGAGGUUUUUUUGCCGACAGACAGCGACUACGACUCCAGCGAUGCCCUGAGCCCCCGAGAGCUGGACCUGCUCUACUCGCCGUCGCAGGGUUUCUCCCAGCAGGCUGUGCACACACUGGGCGGCAGCGCCCCAGACGUGCUGCAGGUCCAUGAGCUCAGGUACAGCGUCUGUGCCUCUGACAACUGCCCGCCCACCCCACUGACCACUCAACCUAAAGACGCUGCUUCAUCCUUUCCCUCCUCCAAUCUCCCCCGCUCUCCCUCCCAUCACAGGGCCCUUCCUUCAUCUCCGUCCCUCCCUCUGUCCCCCACACUCUCUAAAGACCUCCCCCUGUCCCUACCCCUGUCUCCGACUCUCACUGACACGACCAGGACUCUGGAGGGCCUCUCCUUAUCUAAGGAGGACACCAUUCCUUCCCCGAGGGUGCUCCCCAACCCCCCGGCCAAACGUAAGCUGCUGUCCCGCAGUCACCGCGGUCAGUACUUCAGUGGACCUCAGCGCUGGCUGCGAGGCCACAGCGGAGAGGACCACACGGGCUCCUUGUCUGAGGGCAUCUACACCAAGCAGUUUGACCUGGACCGGCCCACACCUGAGGAUUCCACCCUGACGUCAACCGCCCAGAUCUCCAGUACCACCUACGUCAGCCACGCCUCCUGUGUCCUGGAGAACCGAAGGAGCCGACAUCGAGAACACAGACCUCACGUUCGCAGGAUCUUUGUGGAACCCUGCAGAAAGUCAUCAGAGACUGAAGUCUGUGAAGAGAUGACCAAUCAGGCGACGGGCCCCCAGGGGUCAGUUGUCAUGGCACAGGAAGAGUCCAAAGGAUGGGUGGAGGGAGUAGGAGGAGCCACGGCCCAGGACGUUGACUCGGACGACCAAACAAACUCACAGGUGUCAGAGAUCUUGAGCAGUACGCUGUAGAGUUGGAGAACAAGACACAGGUUUGUAGGCUAUGUCCUGGGUUCCCAGACGCCCUCUUGUGGACCAAACCAGGAAAACAUGGAAGCCAUUAAUGAUUUAGCGAUACCACUAACAAAUUCUGCCUUACUCCUGACUAAGGUCAUCGGCUGGAUCUCCUCCACAGAUCACGUUCAUCUUUAUGUUUUUCCUCUAAAACACCUGAAGGGCCGUACAGGAAGUGAACUCAGGAAGUUGCGCUGCGCUACAUUUAUGCAGAUUCAACAGAAACAUUCCCCGUUUGUCUGUCACAGUGUCCACACGACAUAUGGGCGGUGAUGAUACGCUGCUUUGCGAACAGUGUAUUCAUCCAGUUGUACUUGCGUUGAUUGAAAAUUUACGUUUUUUUCGCAUUGAAAACAUUUGUCGUUCGUUUGUUUCAACGCAGAACGUCUUAAACUGUGCCCGCAACAACCUCAGUCUUGGUCAAAGGUAAAAAUCCGUCAUCAGACGAUGAUGCUAGUGCAUCUUUUCACUUUCGACAACUCCGUUGGUUGAAAAAAAACCAAAAAAAAAAAACAAAGUUGCUGGUUCAACUCCGACUGUUAUGACCAAUCGAACCGAUGCACUGCUUCUUCUGUGUCCAGGAGGUUUUGCACAAGGUCCCUCAUCGUUAACGUAUAUCCUGCUGAUAGUUAUUGUUUCUCUGUGGCCCCGCCCCACAGCAUGGACCCACCUCUACUUGAAGUGAAUGUACGGUUUUGUGCCCUGUGACGUCAUCAUUUUCUUUGUUGCUUUUGUGGUCAUUUUGAAGUAUUUUAUUGGCCGAGGUGUCAUCACGUGACUCCAUUUCUGUCAAAAAAAUCUCAUAGUAUUUUUUAUUGUAGAAUAUUUUACCUGAAGUGUUUGAUGAUUGUCGGCAUGAAUUUGUUCGUAACUCUUUUUUUCACCCCUCUCUCUGAUUCAGCAUGAUGUCGCCAUUCAUCUGUUGUGGUGGGAGGAGUCUGUCUGCACUUAGCCCCUCCCUCUCUGUGUUCAGUGGUUGUUUGGUUCAGUUACUGUGGUUUAUUUUAUUUUUACUUUUUAUUUUUUUACAACCUGCACCAAAAACAGAAAUCAGCUUUUCUUCGUCUAAAACUAGUACUUGCACAGAAAUGUUUUUAUGCACGCCAGAUAAUGACGAGUGCUUUGUUUUAGUUUUUUUUGUAUUUCAUUUUUGCACACGAGUAUGACGACAAUGACGGUGAUGAGUAACAAGCUAACGUAGGGCAUUAACCGUGGCAGCUUUGAUCUGUACUGUUUACAGCUGUUUGGUGUUGUUUGAGUGUGUGUUGACGACUCACGUGCACUAAUUAAAGUGUCACAUUUA